CUUCUCCUUUACCUCAACUUCACCUUCUUCGUGUUGAGCGCGUAUUUCUCAGUACAACAAAUGUUGGUAUUGCAGUUUGGUCUUCGUCAGACUCAGACUCACUCGGAGCCGUGUCACUUUGGCUCAACGUGGAGGGUGUUAACGAAAGUGUUGGUCGAACUGGUGCUUUGCGGCCACAUUGCCCGUCACCUCUGGAAUCCUAUCGUCGUCAAAUCUAUCGCAUUCGCUGUCAAUUUACCAUCUAUCAAGGAUUUGUCGCGUCUUCCCGCUUCCCGCGUGAAACCAAAAGUGUUGGACACUUGGGAUGUUUUGUGGGACAGAUUCUUGAGUUUGCUGGACUACAACCUCAAACGGGUGCUGAGAAUGUGCGAGUCAGUGACAAGUGUUAUUACGACCACACUUGAAAUUUCCAAAAAAGGAGUCUGUGGGUUUACAGAAGAGAAAAUCGGGAGAUUACUGGAGGGAGCUGGAGGGGGCUGUCUUAUACGGUCUGCACGCACGCAUAUGCAUUGCGUGGUCCAACAUGACGCUGCUUCUGUUAUGAGUGCCAUCAGAGAAAAGGCCGCGCUCGCGUUGAAGACUCACUCUAAGGGGCGAAGUAAGCUCUUCGAUUAUCGAUCGGUUGUCGAUGUCCCUGUGGUGGAAGUCAUGGUUUCUGACAUGUCAAAGCUGGCAUUCGACUUGGAGACUGGUCUUGUCGUUGGGAUCGGCGCUGAACCUCUCGCGAAUGUGGUCCGGAUCGCAUGGACCGCCACUGGUGCCAGUGGGAGCAACUGGGACAACGUGAAAUGGGCAUGGGUUUUCCAGUGA